AUGNUUAGGAAUGUAUAAACAAAUUUGAUAAUUGUACUUCAUGUUAUGAUGAUAGAUAUUUAGAUGGAAAUACGUAUAUAUGCACCACUAAAAUUUUAGGUGGUGCUAUAAGUAAUGCUAAUUUUAACAGUAUUAAAUUAUACAUAUGACUUUAAUGACUUAGUUAAAUGUUAAAGUAUUAAAUUCAAUCAUUAUAAGAAAGUCAUUAUUCUUGCGGAUCUUGUGGAGGUAUUGAAGAAACAGAUUGCCUUACUUGUAUGGAAAAUGAAAAUAGAUAUUAAGUUCGAAAUACUUGUGUCUGUAAGAAUGGAUAUUUCGAUAUAGGAUUACCUAUUUGUGAAAGUACUAAUAAAUUUUAUAUAAUAGAAUGUAGUUAUCAAUUUAAAGAUUAUAAAUCUUAGUCUGAUAGCUGUACUUCAUCCCAAGAUAAUACUUUUAGAAUAAUAAUUUCUGGUUUCAAUAAAUGCUAAUGUAUUUAAGGAUAUUAUGACGAUGGAUAAAAUGAAAUUUGUCAAAGUAUCUAAUACUAAAAAUAAUUUGCAACGAUAUUUAAACUAAAUGCGAAUUUUGCUCUAUCGAAUCAAAUAGAAGUUAUAAUGAACAACUUUUAACAUGUGAUUGCAAUAUUGGAUAUUAUGAUUCUGGAAUAGAAAAUUGCGAGAAAUGCCACUAUUCAUAUUUAAAUUGUAGUUCUUGUAUAUCAUGUGUAGAUUCAAAAAAUUCUAAUCGAUCAUUUCAUAAUAACACUUGUGAGUGUUUAUUUGGAUAUUUUGAUAAUGGUAAAUCAGUAGAGUGUUAAAAAUGUGAUAUUUAAUGUCUAAGUUGUAUAGAUUAAUCUUACCAGUUUCAAUCCUGUCCUUAAACAAGAAAAAUACAAAGUAAUUGCAAAUGUGCAGAGGGUUAUUAUGAUGUAGGCUAGUAACUUUGUUUAAAUUGUAAUUAAAUGUGUAUGUUAUGUGAAUUCACUUCAAAUAACUGUACAUCUUGUUAUAGUGAUUAAUAUAGAGAACUUAACUUAAUUACUAAAACAUGUGAUUGUUAAAUUGGAUAUACUGAAAUAGAUGAAGUUUGUUAAUAAUGUCAAUAGAGUUGUUAAGCAUGUUCUUAAUCAAUUAAUAAUUGUAUUUCUUGUGGUUAAUUCUGAAUGCUGAAAAAUAAUACUUGUGUUUGUACUGAU